AUGCUGGACGAACCUCUUGCCUGGUUGGACUCUUUCAUACAGGGGUCCUCUGCGAAUGGCUCCCUACCCAAUCACCAGUCGAACAUACCCGUAAACAUUGGAUCAUCUUCGCCGAGUGAAGGGCAGCACAGCCCCAACUUGGACUUUGUGGCACCUGCCGGGGAUCCUCCUUCGUCUUCGUCUUCGACUCCUGCAUCUUCAACAUCCCGUCACCCACCGCAGAUCAAAUCUGCGUCCUCUUCUACGCCAACCUCUGACCGUGCACCCCCUCGCAAGAGAAUCAGGCCCAAAAUUGCCCUUGACCCAAAUCAACCUCCGACUGUGCGCGGUAACCCUCGAGCCCGCGUCUACGUUGCGUGCAAUCAGUGUCGUAUCCGCAAAACGCGGUGUGACGGCGCAAAACCGGUCUGCUUCAACUGUCAUAAGCGUCCCCCAGAAGUCGGCGAGUGUUCUUACGAUGCACGGCCGAACCGUCGCGGACAAGACAAAGCUCCUGGAAGGAGGGCCCGUGUGGCCACAUCACACAAGUCUAAACGAAGGAAAACCUCGAGCGGCACCGACGAUGAUAACAGCGACUCAGAUAGUUCUAGUCCUACUCACGGAUCUGGUAGCGCGAGUGGUGGGCAAACCGCCACGCACUUGCAUGCGUCUUACGACAACUUCCCCGGGCUGUCCACAGAAGAGGAAUCAGAAGAAUACGACCCGUUCCCUCUAGUUGACUUGGACAACCCAAUCGCAGGAACGGAGUUCAGUCUUGGUCAACAUGCUCAGGAGGUCGAGCAGAACAUACCCCGUCGUCCAAGUCUCCAAUUCACGCGCGAAACCUGGUGGGACGCGCUGCUUACCUUCUACUCAACCGAGUUCGGUACGACAGAUGCUACUUCCUUGGUACCUGAGCAACGGUCGGCCACUGUCUUGCGCGUCGUGACUGACCUUCGGGCGCUCUUCCAUGCCUCCAUCUACUGGGUCAGCUUCGUCCACCUACCUCGAUUCUUCGAGGCGCUCUUGAACCCAACAACGCGAGGAUCGAUGCAGCCCAGUCUUGUCAUGAGCGCCUUGGCCAACGGCCUGUUCUCCCAGAGCUCUGAGGCAGAGAGGGGCGCGGCGGGUCGUGCCAAAGCUCUGAAGCUCAUUGAGAUUGCGCAUAGCUCGCUGCAGGCCAGUAUAUCGUCGGGUUGGGUCAACGUUGAGUUGAUUCAAGCGGCAUGGUUCAUCGUCUACUUCGAACUUCAGUCUCAUCCAAUGCGGUCGGCUUCACGGCAUCGUUCAUCGCUGCUUCUCCUAGACUCUUUGAUACGCCUGUUCUCACUCACGACGCUUGACGCUGACAUCAAGCGUGCUCAUACCUUCAAUCGGCCUUCUGUGGCCCUGCUCAACGCAGCUGGACUCACUUCAUCUGUCAGCGAUGUGCCUUCCAACGAACCAUUCCACACCGGCGUUCACACCCCUGGCCUCUUUGCGCAGCUCAGUAGUGCUUUCCCUCUCCAACAGGGUGUCAACCUCGACCCAUUGCCACACGCGCCCCCUGAACAUGUUGUGCAGCCCAUCGCUCCGGAAAACACGACUCUUGAUCCGUCAACCACACUCCCUCCCGUUGGCUGCAAUUGCGCGUCCUUGAUGCUUCAAACGCAUUGGCCCAGCAUAAGUGGCGUUGCGCCGGCCUGGGCCGGGACGCUUAUUUGGCCGAAGAACAUAUCCGAAGGAGAGUUCAGGAAGGAGGAGUGUCGUCGCCUCGUGUGGUCCAGUGUCAUGAUCACCGCGAGCCUAAACGCGUACAACUCCGCGCAUAACAUCGAGGCAGACAUUGAUAAGCAGAAGUUGUGGAUCAAGGACACCGACAGCUAUGCGCUGCUCUUCCCCGGGGAAUCGCUAGCCAUGCAUGGCGUGCCUGUGCAGCCAAACAACGUCUGGACGCUCUACCUGCGCUCGAUGCUCCUAAUGCACCGCUGCGUGCAGAAGCGGGCUGACCUCACGCUGAGCGAGGCAGAGCGCGCGCAGUUCGCGGUGCAAGCGUGGCUGGAGAUUGACGCUAUCGAGGACGCACUCGGGCAGCAUACGUGCGAGCUGGAGCCCAACUCGCGCUUUCAGGCGCGCGAGAUGCUGUUCAGCUCACGGAUGUGCGUUUCGCACGAGUUCCAUAGAUACAUCCCACGAAUCACGACCAAAGGCAGCCAGUUGUUUUACAGGGACAAGGCUGAAGCUUGGUUGCGACUCCGAAUGGCCACGGCAGAGCGAAUGUGGAAGAGCCUGACCGAAGGAACCCUGCCGCCUGCCUUCGAUUACCGGAGACCCCUGCUGAUAUAUUGGUUCAUGUCUCACGUUCUCAAGGCGCUGGUGCUAUGGGAGGCUGACCCAACGCUCAUCGUGGCUCUCGAGGCGGCUAAGGUGUUCUGCAAGCGUACGGAGUACUUGAUGAUGUUUUGGCCAAGUGAAGAACAACGGAGAGAGUGGGGGGGUAUCCGCAUGAAACUCGUGAAGGCGUGUUUGGAGGUCGGAAUAUCGCCCCCUACGGUCGCUCUUCCUGGCCCCAUACCGCAUAUGUCCCGGCAGGCGAGGCAGGCGCAGAGCGACCCAACACGAUGAUUGUAUGUGUACAACACAGAUUUUGAUAGUAUUGCCACAUAGUCCUUUCUUCUGUUAUAUACUAAACCAAGCCACAUCUUCUUCGAUUGCGCUUAUUUGCC